CUUUCUUGUUGCUUACUUUUUGUUGUAUUCUCUCUUUCUUUUCGUUUAUAGUUUUUAUUUCGUAGUUUGUUGUAAUAUACUUUUUUUCUAUUUUCUUAAAAACGACGUAUCUCCACCAGCUACUACUACUGUUAGUAUUACUACUACAACACACAUCACAUCCAACAAAACUUCCUCAACUAUCUAUACAAGAUCAUGGCAACUGCAGCUGUUAGAGUUGCCUUGCGCGUACGGCCCUUGACACAAAAAGAGACCCUGUGCAACAGCGCCGAGACCAUAUCGUUUAUACAAAACGAACCGCAGAUAUAUAUCGGCAAUGAGCAUUCGUUUACGUACGACCAUGUCUUCGAUACGAAAUCACAUCAGCAACAUAUCUACUCCACGAGUGUACAGCCUCUUGUCGAAAAAUAUGUCGAUGGCUUUAAUGCGACGAUUCUUGCUUACGGCCAAACAGGCUCUGGCAAGACAUAUAGUAUGGGUACAGCCAUCGAUGGCAAUACAGAUUCUGAUGAUAAUCAGGGUACGUCAAAAUGAUAUAGCACAUUCUUUCUACUUUGGACGAAUACAUCCCCUUCCGGCUCCUUCUCUCGUGUUUUUUAUCACACAUAUACCCUCUUACAUAUCCACACCAACACCCCUUUUUCGCCUCUUCAUAUGAAAAACAUUCUAAAACCCUUUGCGCAUUAAAAACAUGUUUUGGACUCCUG